CAUGUUGAAAGCAUGAAUGCUCACUCUGAAAACAGAAAAUAAAAACAGUCUCAUGUUUCGGACAGUUCAGCUCACGUUUACAGCAUGGACGAACAAAUUACUGGUGGAUAUAGUGAGCCAUGCGGACAGUGCGCUGCUGUGGACUGGGGAGUGUCAGACGAGGGUCAGUUCUUCUGUAAGAGCUGCCACAAUGUCAUCGAGAAAAUAAGGGAGGUAGAGGAUGUUACCAGCCUUCAUCAUAAGCAAGGCAGGAUCUCAAUGAUCAGGAAACCCAAGAAGAAAAAAGAUGAUGCCGAAAGGGAGUGGAUGGUCUGUGAGGGAUUUCAGUUCAUCCUCAAGCACCAGGCCAAGGCUUUGGUCAGUCUAGGUGUUUGUAUGAAGUUUGAGACAGAAGUUCUGUGGAAUUUCUGGAAGAGGUACCUGCAGAACACAAGGCAAGCUUUUACCGAAAAUCCAGUGUCCACUGCGAGUUUUAAAGUGUUCAUGAAGUCCCAGAGUGGCUCAGAGUCUGACACCCAGAGCCAGCAGUCAUGCUACAGUGAGGCUUCUUCAGACACAGAGAUGUCUGCCUCAGGUUUAUCUGUUGAUGGAAGAUCCGCUGUAAGUUCGGAGUCCCUACAUUCUUCAUCCCAAAGUGGGAGGAGAAAAAAAGUAUCCAAUCUUAUGUCCAUGCCACGCACACUGGCCAUGUGCUAUUUGGCUCUGCUGUGGGUUCGAGAAGCCAUCACUCUGACUGACUUACUGAGGAUGGUCGCAGAAGGCCAUAUUCCUUACUUGCACCUUCACGAAACAUUUCCAGCAGAGAUGAGAAUGUUCGGGAAAGAUGUCCAAAUCUUUCGGGUUCUGUACUUUCCAUCAUAUUCGUUCAUCAGAAAAGAAGCUUUGAUUCUGGCAAAGAUCAUGAAGUUGCCGUCCUUCCCAACAAUUUCUCAGGAUUGCCUUUUCCACCCAGUUCCACUCACUGUCCGCUAUCUGCUAGAGGCUAACCUUCCAGAUGCUCUUCAUGUUUGGGUCCAGAAGGUUAUAACUGGGGCUGGUAUGGAUAGCGAGUCCUUUCUGACCUUUGACCCCACUAAUAGGAAGCCUCAUCUCUUGAGUUAUGAUAUUCAGGCAGUAGCUGUCAUUAUUGUGGCCAUGAAGCUCCUUUUCAAGUUGGAUGAUCAUGUGGAAUGGAAAUUAUCUAAUGAAGCAGCCAAGAAGAAGAAGAAUAAUGUCUUCAGGUUAGAAAGAUGGUUUAACAUUGUACAACCUGUCUUAGAGCAAGCCAGACUCAAGGAAGAACAAGAAGAAGCUCGGCGGCAGUGGAAUUUCGCUAACCCUUUCAUCACAGAUUUAAAGCGCAAGUCCCUGGUUCUCAAAAAGAGGCGUGUGACUGAUCAUUUGCAGCAGAGAUUUCAGAAGUUUGCAGAUCCUGCACCAGAACAGUCGACGUCCACCACAAACUCUCACACCAGCUUCCGCUUCAGCUGGGGAGAAGAGGAGGGUUCAGAUGGACCCAGUAUGUUUAAUCAGCAUUUAACCUCUACUGUUAAGGAAAAAGCGGUCAGUGGCCUGGCCAACCAAAAAUACUGGCAUCCUGAACUGAGGAUGUGCCAAGAAAAUAAAUGUACGAGUCAUUUCUCAAAAUUUGAGCCCAGUUUACCUCGGAUGUACGUGUGGGUGCUUGAUCUCUUCUCGUACAUUCUGGGGAUCCAUCAGUCUGACGUUUACGAAGAGGUCCUCAACGUUGAACGACGCUUCUUAAAGCAAAAUUAUCAGCUCGAUAGUCGCUUGACUUCUUAUCGAAAAAAGAAAAAAGGUCCAAUUCUGUAAAUCAUGCUGUUGGACAGAAUAUCACAGACACAUAAUGAAAUCAGCAUACCAGCUUUCCAGAUUCCUUUUCCUCUCUCAGCAGCAGGAAGACUGGUCAGACUUUCACAGUAGUGCCUUGUCGUUUUCAGUUGUGCCUUGCAGAGUUCUGUGAGACCGCGAAUUAACAGUAUUUGUUGCCUUAUAAAAAGGUUGUUUUGCCUUUUAUGCAUGGUGUUGUUUUGAUUAAAGAAAUGCAACUUACAUUGGUUGUAGAUCCUCAAAUGAACCAACAGGGGGAGUGAUAAACCUUA